CCUACCUAGGUAUUACAAUGGCGAAUGCCGUUGUCGAGCCAUGGAGCUCUGAUGUCUAUAUAAGUCAAGCAUCGAAGUCGAUGCCAUGGUAAGUUUAGUUUGUCAGAUAAAGCUCUCAAUCAAAUCUAGUCUACUCAUCCAUUGGAACUAUCUCUACAAACUCCGUCACAUAGCUUAUAGCUUCGACAUCCAUAAUGGCAAUCACAGCAUCAACCCCACCCCGCGGUCCCGUAACCGCCAACCUCAACUUCUCCCACCCACCACCUCCCGGCGUCGUAGCAUUCAACUACACCGACACGCCUCCCCCUGGCGAACCCCAACGCAACAUAACCCCGGACACGCACCCCGUAACCAUAACCGACAUCCGGGGCCACGAAUCCUCCUACACGCUCGACCAAGACGCCUUCGCCGUACUCCAACACCUGCCCCCCUCCAAAGAAGAGCUCCCAGGCACAGGGUCAGGAUUCACAGACGACACCUCCAUAACCACAAACUACUACCCCGAAGUCGAAGCCCUGCUCCUUAACAACAUCCCCAAAAGCAACCGCGUUUUCAUCUUCGACCACACGAUCCGCCGCGCAGAUCCAAAUGCAUACCGCAAAGCCGUAACAUCAGUACACAUCGACCAAACCCCGUACUCCGCCGCGAAGCGCGUCGUUCGCCAUAUGGGUUCCGAUGCAGAUGAGCUACUCAAAGGACGGUAUCGCAUUGUUAAUGUAUGGCGUACUUUGAACAAAAACCCCGUUGAAUCGAUGCCGUUAGCGUUCGGGUCUAGCGCGUCACUAGCCCAUGGCGAUAUUAUCCCCGUCGAGCAUAGAACACCUACUGGGUAUAUCGGACAGACCGCUGCGAUUGCGUAUAACCCCGAGCAGAGGUGGUAUUACCUAAGCGGCAUGACAGGUGAUGAGCGUCUGCUGCUUGAGUGCUUCGAUAGUGAGGCCUUGAAAGAGGGUUCGAAUGUAGCUGGUGGCCGGGUUCCGCAUACCGCCUUUGAAGACCCUAGAACCAGGGCAGAUGCUGAGGGUAGAGAGAGCAUUGAGGUCCGGGCUCUAGUCUUUGGCCCUUGAAGAUGAUCGAGACGAUGAAAUUGUUAUAGUAUGCCAUGUCACGUAGUAUAAUUUCGCACUUAUCUAUAAGCAGAAUGAAUGAAUAAUCAGCAAUCGCUUUGUUUGGUAUCGACCAUGAAUGUCCAGCUCAAUAUGAAAUGUCAUGGAAAGCCAGCCAGGCUAAUGUAUCCCU